AUGGAGGAAGGAGGACCGGAGGAAAUGGCGCCGACAGUUUCGUCCAGAGAAGACUAUGAGACUGAGCACCAUGUUGUAUCGGUAGUGGAGGCUGCCGUCAGGGAAGAUUGGAAGGAGGUGUUGUCUUUUCUUGCCAAUAAGGAGUCGGAGGCUCUGCCCCUGCUGGUCGCCGACAGAGAAGGCGGCAAUUUACACCUCCGGACAGCGAGGGAGGCGGAAGUGGAGUGGGUGGUCCUCUCUUCUGCUCGGCACGGUUUCUCCACCGUCACGGCGGUGCUCGCGAUGAGCUACUUCGACUGGUGCUUCCUCCCCUGCGCCGAUGGCCGCCGCGGCCCACUGAUGCGGAUCCAGGGCGACAAGCCCUGGAUGGGGCGGCUCGCCGCCGUUGUGUGCAUGUCCUUGGCGAUAAAGGUGGAGGAGACCAGUGUGCCUCUACUGCUCGACCUCCAGGUUCCACCUCCGCUGCCGGUGGCGGUUUCUUCGACGGAGGAAAGCGGGUUCUUGUUUGAACCAAUGAUCGUACGACGAAUGGAGCUCCUGGUGCUCUCUUCUCUCGAGUGGAAGAUGAAUCCCGUCACCCCCCUCUCUUUCAUCCACCACCUUCUCCCCCGUCUCUAUUCUGGCGGUGGCUUUGCUGCCCGUAUCCGGGAGUUGGCAAAGAGAUCAGGGGAGGCACUUCUCUAUGUAAUCGCCGGUGGACUGGGAAUGAGUUCGACAUCCGGCAUCGGUGUGGGCGGCGGUGGAUCUGCUCCACGCGAUGGAGUCGCAAGAGGCCUACCACCUCAUUUCUCUCCUCAAACCCUCCAAGGAAAACCUGGAACGAUGCUACCAUCUAAUGGCGGAAUCCAUGAGCGCCACCAAUGCGACUGGCCACAAGCUCAAGCAUUCUUCUCUCUCAUCGCCGGCGAGUCCCCGUGGAGUGGUCGGUUCUUGCUUCAGCAACGAGAGCUCGUGCGGAUCAUGGUCGUUAUGGCCUCCCCUUGA